AGCCAGGCGUGCGGCGGAGAGUCCCAGGAUCAGCACAGAGCCUAAAACUGCGGGAGAGAAGGAAACGUAUUUCCCCUUCACGUCGGAGAACAGCAAGGGAGCCUUUUCUUUUCUGGCCAUGUCUUCCGUAGGAACGACUGAGCCAGAUAGGGACCAGAGGGACACGCAUGUCAGCAAGCUCAUUUUCUUCCUCUUCAUCCUCGGUGCCGUCCUGUUGUGUGUGGGAGUCCUGCUCUCCAUCUUCGGCUACCAGGCAUGCCAAUAUAAUAGGCCCCUCUCACACUGCAGCAUGGUGCUAAAGAUUGCUGGGCCGUCGUGUGCCGUGGUGGGGCUUGGGAUUGUGAUUCUGGCCCGCUCCCGGGCGCGCCUGCACCUGCGGGAGGAGCAGCGGCGAGGCCACCAGGACCCUGACCAAUCCUUCGUCUGUGGGGAGAGCCGCCAGUUCGCCCAGUGCCUCAUCUUUGGGUUCUUAUUCUUGACCAGCGGCAUGCUCAUCAGCGUGCUGGGUAUUUGGGUGCCUGGAUGUGGCUCAGAAGGGGAACAGGAGGAGUCAACGAAUGAGAUGGACACUGGAGAAGCGGAGCCCCAGAUCUGCAGCUUCCUGUCUCUGCAGAUCAUGGGGCCCUUGAUUGUGCUUGUGGGACUGUGUUUCUUUGUGGUGGCCCAUGUUAAGAAGAAAAAUAACUUGAGUUCCAGCCGAGAUACCUCUGAUAUGGAAGGGGGACACGCCCACAGUAUGGAGCCCGUCCAUAUCACUGUAGGUGACUCGGUGAUAAUAUUUCCACCCCCUCCACCGCCUUACUUUCCUGAGUCUUCGGCAGGCACUGGACCUCCUGGGCCUAACAGCUUGCACCACAAUGAAAACCCACCUUCCUAUUCCAGUCUUUUUAACUAUGGGAGGUCCCCAACUCCUGAGAUCCAGGGUGCAGCCUCUGAGAGAGAACGGGAACUCAUAUACACCAUAUCUGGACCGGGGUCACCCUCCGAGAGCUCACACCCUGGACAUCUUUCACUGGAUCUGCCCCCUAGAUACGAAGAGAAAGAAACCGCCCUAGCCACACCCUCGGAUGCACCUUCUGAGCCGUCCCCACCAUGA